AUGGCGAGCAGCAUAAUACCUGUCUCCCGCGACACCUCUCCGCGCGCGGAAACCCCCAUCACCACCACGACCACUGAAAAGCAAGACGAGCGCCACCACCACCACCAGCAAUCCACCUCCAAUGACCCGAACUCAACCAUAACUACAGAGCCCGCUAUGGAUUCUCAUAAACUCAGCGGUGCCUUCGAGCCCGAGAAGGAGGAUCACCUCGACCAGCUCAAUGGCGGUUACUACGCGGGUUCCCGCAAGGACUUCCCCUUACCCGCAGACCGCUACCCGCUCCCUCGAGCCAGCGUGAAUCGACUCCUGGAACCGGAGCCGGGCUCGAAGGGUGGCCGCCAACGAAGCUAUCUCGACGACCCCACGCAUCCCAUCCAGGGGUUCUGGACUGAGUCUGGCACUUGGGAGGACUGGCCGCCCAAGUCUCCGCAGCCACCACCGGAUGGCGACAAAGAUGAUGGACUUGAGAGCCAAGGUGGUGGAGAUAGAAAAGGAAUGGCGGAGUCAAGGGAAGGGGGGGAGGUUGCGGGGGAAUCUAAGGACGGCAACGGACGUUCUCAGGAACAUGGCAAGCGACCUCAGCUGCAGUCACCUUCGCAAACACGCCGCUCCUCGUAUGACCACGAUACCACCAGUCAUAGCAAACAGAGUAAAGGGAAUGCCAACAGCAGCAGUUUCCACUCGUCCAUUGUCAGUGCGACUGUAGGAACACGGCGGCAGGCCAAUGGCACCAUUGGGUCUGUGUACUCGGGUAAUAAGAUUCGACAUUUGAAGAAGGACGAUGGGAUUCCGCUCUGGCGGAAGGAUAUCCAGUAUGAGUUUCUGAAGCUCGUUUUCGAGGAUAAAACACCUGUGUUUACGCGGCUAUCCGAUGGAGCUAAGGGCUUGGAUUUCGCCGAUAUAUACAUCGAUGCCAUGGCGAGAAGUAGCAAGACCAGCAAGAUUCUGAAGGAGAAGUUACAGAACGAUAAAGCGGCGGCGAUUAGCAUGGCGAUGGUGUGCCUAUUGGUUAAUUUCGGAAGGAUGAAUACCACGCUUAAUUUCUUCCCGGAGAUGCGUGCCCAAUUACGAACAUACCACUCUAUUCCAUCCCUCCAAGCCCAUCAGGACCCGAAUGCUUACAAGCAGCUUCAAGACGCACCUAGGCUCAAAUCAAUACUAAAAGGCGCUUCAGAAGACACUGAUCAACCCAAUACCAUUGAAAAGAUUAAGCAGGCGUCCGUCCCCCGUACCAACCCCGUAAAUCUAAUAUUCGUCCUCUCGCAAUAUGCCCCGCGCAUAUCCGAACUACACUUCUUCCCUCCCCGCGACUUUUUCGAUCUAGUCAUGCGCUCCAGUCUGAGCAGUAGGAGUCGCGCAAGGGCUUUUCUAUGGCUCAUGUGGUAUUAUCUGGAAAGUGACUUUUCGGUACACGAUGCGUUGAAUAACCCGUUCGGGCCGGGGCUGGUGGGUGAAGGCACUGACGGGCUGCCGUUGAAAGUGCCAGCCUUUGAGCCGUUGACGGAAGCUGAGGCUGAUGCGGAGAAUGUGGAUACGGCGGAGGAGAUUCAGUUUGGGGAGGAGAAGCAACGGGAGAGGAAACGAAUUCUGGAAGAAGAUGAUACUAGUUUCAGGUCGGGCAAGAGACCAAAGAAGAGUCUGCCUGUUGACUACGCCAGCGACGACUUAACCUCUGAGAUCGGAACAGGAGAUAGACGCAGUAUGACUGGCCGCACUGCUGGUGCUGAUUACACUCUGGACGACGAGUUAGAUUUCCCUGCUCGAUACCGUUCCGGACGACGCACUAAACGCGAAUCCUCGACAAACCGCUCAUCUUUCAGAACUACACAACCACGCCGCCUCGUCCUCAAGACGCGAAUGGAUCAAGCACCAGAUAGCACAUCCCCCGCUCCUCCCGGUUCAGCCCACCCAGUCCUCAGCCAAUUCAGUGCCAGUGUCAGCUCCAGCUCACGCGCCGCACAGUCACAUCAACACUAUCAACAUCAACACACAGGCAACAGCAGCGCUCGCCGCCCACGCCCGCUAACCCAACAUCAACUCGCCGUCGAGCAACACCGCAAGCAACGUGUCGAUUACCUCCUCGCACAACGCCGGACGGAAGCUCUGAAAGAAAUCCGCGCACGCCGCCAGGGCGAGAUCCCUUUCGUACGGGCGGGGCGCUUAUUACAGAAUCUACCCGAGGAUUAUGAUACGGACGACGAAGAUUCGUGGGGGAAGGGUGGGGUGUGCCCACACCCCGAUGAGGAAGAAGACUAUGGCGAAGCGGCGGGGUUUUACUAUUCUGUGUUGAAGAGGGCUGCGAGGAGGUUGCAGCGGUGGGAUUGGGAUUGUAUGGUUGAUGAUGCGAGGAGGAAAGUAGAGAGGGACAGGGAAAGGGAGAAGCUGGAAGAAGCUGAGGCUGAGGCCGAGGUGGAGAGGCAUAAAACUGGUGAGGGGGAGGAGCAGCACAUCUCGUUCAUAAAUGGGACACAUAUCCCCGCUGCUGAACAUGAUAACGACAGCACCAUUACCCCCAUCCGCGGUGCAAAACCUAAAAGCCGUCCAAAGCGGAAACCGAAACCAGCGGCGGAACUGACUGAAGAAGGGAACGUGGCAGAGAAAAAGCCUCGCGCUAAACUAGGUAUAUCAAGUCGUAUUCGCCAGGCUACGGGUGGUGCGCGGAAAUCGCGGGUAUCUACUGGACGCUCGCGGACGAGCGGCGCUCCGCCUACGGCAGGCGCUGCUUCUACUACAGAAGCAGCAGCUGAUGCAGCUGGUGCAACUCCAGAAGCAACUAUAAUGAAGGCAGAGGAGGGUCGUGACGCUGCCACUGUCUCUGAUCAUCUACCCGUGCCGGAUGCUGUUAAUGUAGGUGCGACACCCUCCUCAGACGAUGAUGUGAGCCAUGUUGAUGGAGAUGGGGACGGGGAUGGGGAUGAGGCGCUCGAUGACAUGGAUAAAGAGCUGUUGGGCGAGCUGAGCGGGGAGGGGGAAGGCAAGACACGCCCUCACCAUCGGAAGCGUAAGCCUCGCGAUGACGAUGAUGACCAUAACGAUGAUAAUGAUGAGGGCGCGUAUGUGUACGCUGGUGCACCAGCAUCAGAAGCUACAGCCGAACAUGCAGAAGUAGAACGUGGAGGAGGCGAAGACGGAGAAAGCGAACGUGCAGACGUGGAGCUGGAAAUAGAAAUGGAAGCGGAAGCGGAAGGGGAAUCCGACGCACCAGGCCCACCGUCAGCGGCACGGUCUCAUCCUCACGCGCACAGGCAGCAGAAGACAUUAAGAUCCGCACCACGUCGUGCUCCAAGAAUAGGAAACCCUGAAGAGUCGUCACCGCCACCCAUGGCUAUACCUAAACCGCGUUAUUCCAGCGGUGUGAUGAUGGAUUCUUAUCGGGAUAGUGAUGUAGAGGGGUCUAGUUAUUCAGGGGAUGGUGAUGAGACGAGGCUUAGUGAACAUGAACGAGAGCGGGGCGAUGAUACGGAUGAGAUUGAAGAUGAGGAGGGGGUGGAGGGGGAGGAGGAGGAGGAUGAUGAUGAAGGGGAGGGAGCUGGGGAAGAGUCCGGUGAGGGUGAUGGGGCGAGUUCGGAGAUGGAAGUUGAGGAGGAAGAGGUUGAGGGUGAGGGCGAUGGAGAUCAAGUUAUGGCUGAUGCGUAA